UUUAAACUUAUCACAUCCCUCCUUUUUUUUGAUAAGCGGUUAUUUUGAUAACCCGUAGUCUUCUUAUAUUGUGGCAGAAGCUUCAAACUGUUAGUAAUAAAUAAUUAACAAUGUUUCGUUUAUUGUCAAGAAAUAAUGUUCCACAAUGGCAAAUGGUUAGACACUUAGUCACUGAUCCGAAAUAUGGAUUUUAACAAUUAGGCCUUACAACUGAAAAUCCAGGACUUUAUGAUGGACAAUGGGGAGGAUCUGGCAAGGUGAUAAAAUCAGUUUCACCUGCAACCGGCAAAGUAAUAGCAAAAAUUAGAACAUCAACUCCUCAAGAAGCAAGUAAUGCUAUUACAAAAGCUCAUAAAGCAUGGGUUCAAUGGGCAUCAUUACCUACACCUGUAAGAGGCGAAAUAAUACGACAAAUUGGAGAUGAACUACGAAAUAAUUUAAGACCAUUAGGACAAUUAGUAUCCUUAGAAAUGGGUAAAAUAUUGCCAGAAGGUAUUGGAGAAGUUCAAGAGUUUAUUGACAUAUGUGAUUAUGCUGUUGGCUUAUCUAGAAUGCUAUCUGGCAAUAUAUUUCCAUCAGAAAGAAAAGAUCAUGCACUUUUAGAACAAUGGAAUCCUCUUGGAGUUAUUGGAAUUAUUUCUGCAUUUAAUUUUCCUGUUGCAGUAUUUGGUUGGAAUAGUGCAAUAGCAAUGGUAUGUGGAAAUGCAUCUGUUUGGAAAGGAGCACCUACUACUUCAUUAACUUCUAUUGCAACUACAAAAAUUAUUGCAAAAGUAUUAGAAAGAAAUGGUGUAUCAGGUGCUGUUGCAAGUUUAGUAACUGGUGAAUCAGAUGUUGGUGACACUCUUGUUAAUGAUACACGUGUACCUCUAAUUUCGUUUACUGGAAGUACUAAAAUUGGAAGAAAUGUGGCUGUUAAAGUUCAAGAACGAUUCGGAAAAUGUUUGUUAGAAUUAGGGGGCAAUAAUGCAUUGAUAGUUAAUCAAGAUGCAGAUUUAGAUUUAGCAGUCAGAGCAGCAUUAUUCUCUUGCACAGCAACAGCUGGACAAAGAUGUACAGCUACUAGAAGAUUAAUCCUUCACAAGAAAAUAAAAGAUGAAUUUUUAGGAAAAUUGAAAAUUGCAUUCAAGAGUAUUUUGGAUCGAAUAGGAGAUCCUUUAGAUGAUAAUGUUUUAUAUGGACCAUUGCAUAAUCAAAACGCGGUUGAUGCAUAUAAGGAAGCAAUAAAUACUGCUAUACAAAGUGGUGGUACAAUUGAAUUUGGUGGAAAACAAAUAGAUAGAGUUGGUUUUUAUGUUGAACCAACACUUAUUUCUGGUUUAUCACCUAAUGCUGGAAUUGUUGAAAAAGAAACUUUUGCACCAAUUGCAUACAUUCUUGAAGCAAAUUCUUUAGAAGAUGCUAUUGCUAUUAAUAAUAGUGUACAGCAAGGAUUAAGCAGCGCCUUAUUUACGAAAAAUUUAGAAAAUGUUUUCCAAUGGAUGGGUCCUCAUGGUUCAGAUUGUGGAAUAGUAAAUGUUAAUAUUGGAACUAGCGGAGCAGAAAUAGGUGGUGCAUUUGGUGGGGAAAAAGCUACAGGUGGUGGUCGCGAGAGUGGAAGUGAUGCAUGGAAGAAUUACAUGCGACGUGCUACUGUAACUAUUAAUUAUGGAAAUGAAAUGCCGUUAGCUCAAGGUCUAAAAUUCGAAUAAUUAGUUAAGAUGUACAAUAUUUUUUCAUGAAAAUAUUUAGUAAUUUAAUUCAAAUCGUAUAAAAUCCACUUGAACAUCUACAGAGAUUUUUUUAUGAAACUUAUAUGCUUUUGGUAAAUCAUAUCUCAGUUCUGCAAUAACUUUGCCUUUGGCUCCAUAUUGUGCAGCUUUCUGAAGGACAUAGUUACGGGUACUUGUUUUAUGUAAUGAAUACACAGUAUUUGAUGCUAAUUUGGUUGCAACUUUUAAAAAUUUCAUAUCUAUACCUGUAUUAUGCUUUGUACCAAAUGGUGGAUUCAUAAUAAUUGUAUCAAAGUACUUCUCAAAUCGGUCUGUAAUAUAAUAACAUAAAGAUUUAUAUAAAUUUUUU